AUGGGUGGCAGAAGCACUCCCUUGAGCUCAUCUUACCCCAAGCUGGUCGAACGACCAGUGGGCAAGCAGAUCGAGAGCAUCUACACCGGCAGACUACGCCAAUUCACAGAUCGAGGUCAAUACUACCACCAGGGCUUGCUGGCCAAGCUCUAUCACAAUCAGACCAACGACUCAAAAUAUAUCAAGCUGUCCGUCUACUCUCCUCCUGACCUCACCCGUCCGACCUUCAAAGAAGCUACUUCUCAAAAGUUCAAGCCUGCAAGGCUCGGCGACACAUUUGGUCCGUCAUGGAGCACUCACUGGUUCAAGGUCCAGCUCACCGUACCCAAGAAUAUGCUGAAUGCAGAGCAUCUGGAGUUUCACUGGGAUGCCGGCAAUGAAGGUCUUGUCUGGUCGGAAGACGGAAAGCCUCUUCAAGGGUUGACUGGUGGCGGUGAACGUGUCGAGUGGAUAUUGCCUCAAGACUGGCAGAAUGGGAAAGAGCAUACCUUCUAUGUUGAGAUGGCCUGUAACAAGAUGUUUGGAAAUGCACCAGGCGGUGACACUAUACAGCCACCUGACCCGAAUACAUACUACACGCUGAGUCAGGCUGAUAUUAUGGACGUCAAUCUUGCCGUUCGAGGUCUCUACGUUGACUUCUGGGAGAUCGGAGACGCAGCCAGGGAGUUUCCUGAGGAUGGCUGGCAGAGACACAAAGCUCUGCAAGUAUGCAAUGCUAUUAUGGACGCCUUCAUUGCUGGAGACGGCUCACAAGAGUCAAUACUAAAAGGUCGAAAAAUCGCACAAGAGUACAUUGGAAAGCACGUCAGUUCGCCUACUGUCUACGACUCGAAGGAAGAAUCGAUUGUGUAUGCUAUCGGACACUGUCACAUCGACACGUGCUGGCUGUGGCCGUGGGCAGAGACAAAAAGAAAAGUCGUGCGCUCUUGGUCGAGUCAGUGUGAUCUCAUGGAUCGCUACCCUGAGCACCGUUUUGCUUGCAGUCAAGCUCAGCAGUACAAGUGGCUGAAGGAGUACUAUCCCUUUGCAUUCGACCGCGUCAAGGAAAAGGUCAAGCGUGGUCAAUUUCAGCCCAUCGGAGGCAGUUGGGUCGAACACGAUACAAAUAUGCCGUCGGGCGAGUCACUUGUCCGUCAAUUCUUGUAUGGCCAGAGGUUUUUCGAGUCGCAUUUCGGCGAGCGAUGUCAGACCUUCUGGCUUCCGGAUACAUUUGGAUACUCGAGUCAGCUGCCACAGAUAUGUCGCUUGGCAGGCAUGUCGCGCUUCUUCACCCAAAAAUUGAGCUGGAACAAUAUCAACAACUUCCCACAUACCACUUUCAAUUGGGUUGCUUUGGACGGCAGCCAGGUCAUCUGUCAUAUGGCGCCCAGUGAGACCUAUACGGCUGAUGCUGACUUUGGAGACGUUGUAAGAAGUGUGUCCCAGCACAAAUCACUGGACCAAGACAAUACUUCGUUGCUUGUUUUCGGCAAGGGUGACGGUGGAGGCGGUCCAACCAGAGAUAUGCUGGAAAAAUUGAGACGACUAAGAGGUAUGGCUGACACGACUGCAGGUGGUGUGCUACCACGAGUACAUAUGGGCAACACUGUGGAUGACUUCUUCAAAAGAUUAGAGGACAAAGUCGCGUCAGGUACCGAUUUGGUUACUUGGUAUGGUGAGCUUUACUUUGAGCUCCAUCGAGGUACGUACACAACACAAGCCAACAACAAACGGAACAACCGAAAGCAGGAGAUUAUGAUGCACGACAUUGAAUAUCUGGCUACAUUGGCAAGCUUGUCCAGUAAAAAGUACCAAUAUCCGAAGAAGGAGAUUGACGAGCUAUGGGAGAACAUCUUGCUCUGUCAAUUCCACGAUUGCUUACCAGGAAGUUCGAUCGAAAUGUGUUACGACGACUCGGAUGAGCUUUAUGCACAUAACGAUGUGGUUGGCACGAAGUUGAAAGACAAUGCCUUGGCUGCAUUAGGAAUGUCAAAGUCCAGGACAGCAUCGCGAGAUUGUGAGACUGUGGCUAUCAACACUUUACCUUGGGACCGCACAGAAAUUGUCAAGACGCCUGGGGAUGGAUAUACAGUCGUCCAUGCAGAGACAGGAAUCAACUCAACUGACAAGAUUGAACUGCUGGCCUCAGAAAAGGCUACGGUGACGGAAAAGAAGGACGGUGUGUUCAUUCUUGCCAACAGCAGGUUUGCUGUCGAAGUCGAGAACGGGGUCAUCACAUCUCUAUUUGACAAGAAGGUCAAGCGAGAGGUCAUUGCACAUGGUGGCAAGGGCAACCAACUUGUUUUGUUCGAUGACAAGCCGCUGUAUUGGCAGGCGUGGGAUGUCGAAGUAUUCCACCUGAACUCGAGGAAAGAGCUCCCCUCUGGACGAACCGAGAUCGUGGACACAGGACCAUACCGAGUGAGCGUGGCGACCAAGACCAAGAUCAGCGAUCAGAGCUGGGUGAAGACGACGAUCAGCCUUGACGCAGCGACAGGCGAGACGGACAGCCCCAGCUAUGUCUCGGUCGAGGCGGAUGUAGAAUGGCAUGAGACGAUGAAGUUCUUGAAGGUCGAAUUUCCGGUUGAUGUGUUCAAUACCGAGGCCACAUAUGAAACACAGUAUGGACUUGUCAGGCGACCGACGCACUACAAUACCAGCUGGGACAUGGCCAAGUUUGAGGUCUGCUGUCACAAGUUUGCUGAUCUAUCCGAGGCCAACUAUGGAGUAUCAGUGCUCAACGACAGCAAGUAUGGCUUUGCGACAUGUGGCAACCUAAUGAGGCUAUCUCUACUGCGAGCACCAAAGGCUCCCGAUGCACACGCUGACAUGGGGCAUCAUACGAUCAAAUGGGCAAUCAUGCCACACGCUGGGGCUUUAUCAGCAGAGACAGUGCAUGCUGCCCACAACUUCAACAAUCCUUUGAGUCUGGUCACGAUCAACAACGAGCAAGAACCAGACGAGGAUAUCUUUACGUCUAUUGUCGUGACUGGCUCUUCCUCGUUAGUACUGGACUGUGUGAAGCGAGGUGAAGAUGAUGAGGAUGUCUCUCGAGGCGAGUUCGACAAGCGCAAGGGCAGAAGUGUCAUCUUGCGCAUCUACGAGUCGAUGGGUGGGAAGAGCCGAGGCACCAUCAGGACGACGUUGUCUGUCGACAAGGUGUUCAAAACCAACGUGCUUGAGGAUGAUCUGCAAGAAUUGAAGCUCGCCUCGGGAGAGGUAGAGAUUGAGCUGCGGCCUUUUGAGGUUGUGACAUAUCGAUUGCAGCUUUCGUCGUGA